CAUUCCAGACGUGUAGCGACGAGGAAAGAUAGUCGGCACCAGGAUAGCAAUUUUGCAGCAAAACUUAAAAUAUUUAUUCAAAUUGCACUCGCUCAGCUCUCUCAAUGCUCUGGAAUUGUCCUUUACGACUCUCUGAACAGAUCAUUUUAACUUGUAAAGGGCUCAAGAUGUAUAGACACGCAGAAAGAUUGUUGGAAAUAUAUGGAAUUUAAAUCCAAUCAUUCUGGUUCACGCUCCUUCACGUUUUCGAGGAAACUUCCGAACAAAAAUAUACACUUAUAUAAAUAUAACGUGAUCAAUUGUUCCAAAUCAUGCUUGCUUGAUAAUCAGAAAACUCAUCAAACAACAACUUACGCAUUGCUAUUUGGCUUUACAAUUUUCAUUCCGUCAAAGACUUCUCUUGUCUCUGUUUUUUCUCUUGAUUGUUAUUUUUUGUUCUGGUUGAUACGUUGUUGCAAAUCUUGACUUCUUUUUUUUUUUUUCUUCUUCUAUAUUGUGGUUCUGAAAACAUGUCGCCUGGGAUUUUCCAUACAAAUUUAGCAUGCAUUGAGUCGUUGCUUCAAAUCCCAAACACUAUCAGUGUACAGAAAAAGAAAUGGCGCUCUGCUUUUGUUACCAUCUAUUGUUCCAGAGCCCUGUUAUCCAUUUACAAAAAAUCUGUAAUCAAAAAGUGCGAUAUCGAAAUCCCACUUUCUUUUUCCUACACCGUCAUUGAUGUCAAACCAGUAAUUGGGUCAUUCCAAAUCGAUCAAACCAGCCUGGUUGAGCUUCUUAAGGAGAAGAAUCUUGCUCAGCUUCAACAAUUGGGAGGGAUUGAUGGUGUAGUUUCAGCUCUCAAAACUGGUGCAGAACAAGGUAUUUCCAGUGAUGAUGAAGAAGUUGCUGCUAGACGCGAAGCUUUUGGUUCAAACACAUAUACAAAACCACCUUCAAAAGGUUUUCUCUCGUAUGUUUGGGAAGCCUUUCAAGACCUUACCAUUAUCAUCCUCAUGGUAUGUGCUGCACUUUCCCUUGGUUUCGGCAUGAAAGUUCAUGGAGCCAAAGAAGGUUGGAUUGAUGGUGUAAGCAUAAUUAUUGCCAUUUUUCUUGUCAUUGCUGUUUCUGCGAUUAGCAAUUUCAGACAAAAUAGACAGUUUGACAAAUUGUCAAAAGUCAGCAACAAUAUACAAAUUGAUGUCUUGAGAGGUGGUCGGAGACAAAAGAAUUCGAUCUUCGAAAUCUUAGUCGGUGAUGUGAUUUGCUUAAAGAUUGGAGACCAAGUUCCAGCAGAUGGUUUGUUCCUAGAAGGUCAUUCUCUUCAAAUUGAUGAAUCUAGCAUGACGGGGGAGAGUGACCAUGUUGAAAUUAACCAUGGCCAAAAUCCAUUCUUGUUUUCUGGAACUAAAGUGGUCGAUGGCUAUGGCCGAAUGGUGGUCACUUCAGUUGGAAUGAACACAACAUGGGGACAAAUGAUGAGCCAACUCAGUCGUGAUUCCAACGAGCAAACUCCAUUACAAGCUCGGCUCAACAAGCUCACAUCUUCAAUAGGAAAGGUUGGUCUGGCAGUUGCUUUCAUUGUUCUUGUUGUCUUGUUUGUUAGAUACUUCACAGGGACAACAAAAGAUGAGAAUGGAAAUCAGGAAUUCAUUGGCGGCAAGACCAAGUUCGAUGACAUUUUGAAUUCUUCAGUGGAAUUUAUAGCAGCUGCUGUCACCAUUGUUGUGGUUGCUAUACCAGAAGGAUUGCCAUUGGCCGUGACAUUAACUCUCGCUUAUUCAAUGAAGAGAAUGAUGGCUGAUAAAGCAAUGGUGAGGAAGCUCUCUGCUUGCGAAACCAUGGGCUCUGCCACCACCAUUUGUACAGACAAAACAGGUACUCUGACUAUGAACCAAAUGAAAGUAACAAAGUUUUGGCUUGGCAAGGAAUCUACGGAACAAUUAGGAGCUUAUUCUUCAGUUGCUCCGUAUGUUAUAGAAUUGUUCAGAGAGGGAAUUGCUCUGAAUACUACAGGUAGUGUAUACAGGCCAAGUUUUGGAAUGGAAUAUGAAAUCACAGGUAGUCCAACAGAGAAAGCAAUUCUUUCAUGGGCAGUUGAGGAUUUGAAUAUGGAUAUGGAGGAAAUCACAAGGAAAUGUUCAAUUCUUCAUGUUGAGGCUUUCAAUUCAAAGAAAAAAAGAAGUGGGGUUUUAUUGAAGAGGAAAAUUGACGGCUCUGUUCAGGUUCAUUGGAAAGGAGCAGCAGAGAUGAUUCUAGCAAUGUGUUCGAGUUAUUACGAUGCUUCUGGAAUCAUCAAGGAUCUAGAUGAUAAUCAGAAAUCCGAAUUCCAGCAAAUCAUUCAAGGUAUGGCUGCGAGCAGUCUCCGGUGCAUAGCUUUCGCACACAACAGGGUUCAGACAGAGGAGGUUCAGGAUUCUGAUGCACCUAAAUCUUUGAAAGAAGAAGGUUUAGUCCUUUUAGGACUUGUGGGUAUUAAAGAUCCAUGUCGUCCAGGGGUGAAGAGAGCUGUGGAAGAUUGCCAGUAUGCCGGAGUUAACGUCAAGAUGAUCACCGGCGACAAUGUUUUCACCGCGAAAGCCAUAGCUACAGAGUGUGGAAUACUUAGACCAGGGCAGGACAUUAAAGAAGCUAUAAUAGAAGGAGAGAAAUUUCGAAACUACACAGAAGAAGAGAGAAUGGAGAAAGUUGACAAAAUCUGCGUCAUGGCAAGAUCAUCUCCAUUCGAUAAACUACUCAUGGUUCAAUGUCUGAAACGAAAAGGCCACGUCGUCGGGGUCACCGGAGAUGGCACGAAUGAUGCACCGGCAUUGAAAGAAGCUGACAUAGGACUCUCAAUGGGAAUCCAAGGCACAGAAGUUGCAAAGGAAAGCUCAGAUAUUGUCAUCUUGGAUGAUAAUUUUGCUUCAGUAGCAACGGUUCUCAAAUGGGGUCGAUGUGUCUAUAACAACAUUCAGAAAUUCAUUCAGUUUCAACUCACUGUGAAUGUUGCUGCUCUUGUGAUCAAUUUUGUCGCCGCCGUUUCCGCCGGCAAAGUUCCAUUAACGGCGGUCCAAUUGUUGUGGGUGAAUUUGAUCAUGGACACAUUAGGUGCUCUGGCUCUAGCAACAGAGAGGCCUACCAAGGAACUCAUGGAUAAACCUCCGGUGGGUAGGACUGCGCCUCUUAUCACCAACAUCAUGUGGAGAAAUCUUUUGCCCCAAGCUCUGUAUCAGAUUUCUGUGCUUCUGAUAUUGCAGUUCAAGGGAAAAUCAAUCUUUGGAGUAGAUGAGAAGGUAAAAGACACUUUGAUCUUCAACACUUUCGUGCUCUGCCAAGUUUUCAACGAAUUUAAUGCGAGGAAGCUGGAGAAAAAGAAUGUAUUCAAAGGGAUUCACAGGAACAGAUUGUUUAUGGGGAUCAUUGCCAUAACCAUAGUUCUUCAGGUGAUAAUGGUGGAGUUUCUGAAGAAGUUUGCAGAUACAGAGAGAUUGAGUUGGGGGCAAUGGGGAAUAUGUAUUGGAAUUGCUUCCAUGUCUUGGCCAAUUGGUUGGGUUGUCAAGUUUAUUCCUGUUGCGGAGAAACCAUUUUUCAGCUAUUUGAAGAUCAAGAAGUACUUCCAUUGAAGAAGGAUCAUUCUUACGAAAGACUCAGAACUAGGCCAACAAUUAUUUUUAUUUAAAUUCAUUGUAUUGAUUGAGUAAUAAUUAUUUUCAUUUAAAUUAUUUCAUUGUAUUUAGUUUUCCAGCUUUUAUCAUUUGUUGGGUACAUACAUAGGCUUAGUUGUCGAAUGUUAUUUCAAUAAUAUUAUUAUGUAAAUUGUUUGUACCUUUUUUAAUAUAAAUAUAACAUCUUUGUUGAUCCAA